CGCUCAUUGUGCAAUUUCGGGCCGUGCUGUGCGGACGUGCGCGCAUCGUUCAAGUUCAGUCGCAUCGCAGUCGCCGCCACAGUCGCUAAAUUUCCCAAUUUCUAUUGGAAGGCAAAUUAAUUUUGAAAUUCGAUUUCGAACAGUGCAUAUAUAUUUUUUUUUUAGUUUUAUUUUCAUUCAUAUAUUUUUUUGGUUUGUGCAAAAUACAAAAUUGACCAUGAGUGUUGAAAAAUCGUAAAGAUCGCGAAUUCCCGUUCGGGAAGUGCCAGAAAAAAGAACUCAAAAUGAAACUGUGGAAAUCGAAGAAGCCUAUUGUGGGCUGUGUGCCCGGAAAAUCAGCGUCCCUCAAACAGGACCAGCAGCAGCAACAACAACAGCAGCAGCAACAGGAGACGCACAACAACUCCUUUAAUGGCCAUUGUCAUCCGCCGACGGACACUGCCCUGGCGCCCAUGUUAUCCGUUGACCGAGCGAUGAGUCCGGCGCAAUCGGAGGACUCCGGAUUGGCACCGGAAAGGGGUACCACCUACGCCACCAUCACUUUGCCGCGGAAUGCCCUGCAUUUGGCCAUCACAUUCGCAGAACGCAACGAUCUGUCCUAUCCACCGGUUGUGGGUUCCCUCAGUCCAGUGGGUCAUGCGGCGGAUUUCCUGGCGCCCGGCGAUCGUCUCCAUCAGAUCGAUGGGAUCUCCACGAUUGGUUUGAGUAACCAAAAGGUGAUGAAUAUGCUCUGCGCUAGUGGAUCAGAUGCUGGUCCUGCCAUCGUGGAGAUCGAAUACUCGCUGCCCGAAUACACAGUUUCCCAGAACAGCCUAUGUGUAACCUCGAAGCUGGCGCAGAUCACCGUAGAGCGGGAAAGUGGAUGCUUGGGACUGACGUUAAGGGGCGGGGCCGACUACCCGCUGAUCGUCACCCAUGUGCGGCCCCAUGGACCAGUCUAUAAGACAGGUCGCAUCAAGCCGGGCGAUCGGUUGCUGCGCGUCGAUAAUGUCUCACUUAUUGGCAAGACGCUGGCGGAGGCACAGCAGAUCAUCAAGUGCGGCGGUCAUGUGUCUGGCUAUACUAACCUGACCAUUGAGUAUGAUGUUUCCGUGGUCCAAAGUGUUGAGUUCUCAAUGGGACCGCUGCUUAUCGAGAUCGAGCGACCAAUGAAUGAUAAAUUGGGUCUGGUACUUUGUAACUAUACGCCGGCAAUGCCCACUUCUGGUUCCGGUUCUAGUACACCUUCCAGUGCGGAAAAGAUUGAGGAAUCCGGAGGCGUCUUUAUAGCCAGCAUCCUGCCAGCCAGCAUUGCAGAUCGUUGCGGUGCCUUAUCCGUUGGCGAUCAGGUGCUCUCCAUCGACGACACAAUGAUCGAGCAUACCGCCUUCAGUCCCGACGAGGUGAUGACCAUAUUGGACACCAGCACGGGUCGCGGCUACACGCAGAUGCAGAUCAUGCCCGCUCACGCGUUGGCCCGUCGCGGUCACACGGCAUUGGGUAGUCCCAAGUACAGCUUUAGCACUCUAGAGUCCCGAAAAUCCUCGACGGCGGGCCGUCAGCGUCAGCGUUUCGCCCGCAAGAGUUCCCUGCCGCUAGAGAAUCCAGCUAUUACUCCGGGUUCCACUGGAGGAUCAGUGGGAACGGGUGGCAUUCAUGGUAGCAGCAGCAUGGGCAUGGGUCUGGGUCUUUGCCGGGCGGAGAGUUUCCCCGUCCUGCUCGAUUGCAGCCAAGGUGCUGGCAUAAUCCUAGCAGAAUCGGGAGGAAACGUAUCAGGGACUGGAGGAACAGGAUCCGGAGCUGUGGCCAUUGCUCAGAUUCUAGCGGAUUCAGUGGCUGAUCGCAGUGGUUGCAUACAAGCAGGAGAUCGGAUCGUGGCCAUUAACAAGAUGUACAGUUUGGAUGCGGCGGCCAUGAGGCAACUCCUGGAAGGAGGAUUAAGUCGCAAUGGAGGAAACGUUGGAGCGCCUGCCAAUUGGCUGGAGCUGGAGAUUGAGUUCGAUAUGCCGGAUGCUGUGGUGCCAUCCAGUGGUGUCUUCAGUGUCAAAUUGCUGAGGGCCGGCAAAUGUGGUCUGGGACUCAGUGUUAGUGGUUCCAGUCACGGCGGAUUGGUUAUAUCGGAUGUGAAAAUGGGCAGUCCGGCGCAUCGCAGUGGUUCCCUGAGAUCGGGGGAUAUCCUGCUGGCCGUUGACCAGCAUCCAGUGCAGCAUUUCAAUGUAGACGCACUGCUCAAGGAGGAGGGCAGAUCGCAGAAUCACAGCUCCUCGGACUUUACCACUCUGACGAUCAAGCGGAUCGUCCUGCCCGAUUUCCUGCCCAUGUCCAGUCCCAUUUAUAGCAAUUGUCCUGCCAGUGGCAUUAAUUUGGGCAUGGGAAUGGGUGUAUCCACCAGCAUGGAUCACGAUCUGUAUAGCAAUGCCUAUGUGACGGCGGGAAAGUAUGCAGAUUGUGUCUCCCUAAAGUCGAGGACUCCGCAACCGGAUUACUUUCGAGUGCCCAGCAUGGACGAUGCCAGUCUGCAGUCCGUUCAAUUGCGAUCUGGUCCGGGUUCAGCUGGAGGUCAGAGUAACGGCUGGUCUACCGGUGUCAACAGUCGAUCCUUUGUAGCUCCACCCAAUACCCAGAGUUUAACCACCGAAUUGCCCGAAGAGGAAGAUGAGCAGGAACAGAUGUAUACUGGCUAUGAGCUUAAUCGCUAUGCCAGUGUUGACUGCACUGCCCUUCCGCCGCCCAUGGAGAACAAGGUGUAUGGCUCGGCGGCCAGUUCGAGCAGCAAGAGCAGUGGGAGUAGCCUGCAUCAGAUCAUCUUCACUGUGCGUUUGGAGCCCAAGGGAGGAUUGCUGGGGAUAACCCUGGCGGGGAGUGAGGAUAUAACCAAGCCCAUUACGAUCAGUGGUCUCGUCGAGGGUGGCAUUGCCCACAAGAAUGGCCAGAUCCAUGUAAGUGACCAGCUGCUGGCCAUCGAUGAGCACUCGGUGCAGGGUAUGCCCCUUUCGCAUGCCACCAGUCUGCUGCAGAAUCUUGGUGAUCUUGUAGAUCUUAAGAUCCUGCGAAGCCACGAUCUGGCCAAUGGCAGUCAUCUGCCACAGACGCAGGCCAUCUAUGCCAAGGUCCAGAGGCGGCCACGCAGUCCCUCGGCCAAUACAGAGGCCAGCAAGGAGUCGGGCAAUGGAAAUGCAAAUGGCAUUAGCGGCAGUAAUGGAAAUGUCAGCGGAAAACCUCGGGUUUUCCAUGUAACCCUGUACAAGGAUAAGGUGUACGAUGACUAUGGAUUCUCGGUGUCCGAUGGACUUUACGAGCGGGGUGUCUUCAUCAAUAGGAUUCGCAGCGGUGGACCUGCCGAUAUGUGCGGUCUUCUUAAGCCCUUCGAUCGCAUUAUGCAGGUUAAUGAGAUGAAGACGCAGGACUUUGACUGCUGCCUUACCGUUCCGCUGAUUGCCGCCGCUGGCGAUAAAAUCGAGAUGAUCAUGCAGCGCACCGAGUGAUCCUCGUUUACCAGAUCCUUAUGUUAAACUAGUUGUACGCUAAGCUAAUCCUAAGUGCCAUUGCUAGCCCAUAAUAUUAUAUACGAUAUAUAUAUAUAUAUAUAUAUAUACCUGUAUUCAAUACCGAUCGAAUCCCAAAUCCAACACAGAUUAACCUUCAAGGACAAUAAGCGCAACAACAGUCUGCCCUAACCGAAGUAAUGUCCUCUUUAAAAAAUAGAUCUGCCAUAAUUCUACUUUAAUUCUAUGCUAAAAUUUGUUUUCUAGCAAAUAAAUAAUAAUCGUACCGAAAGUUUGUUCCAAACUAAAACAUUCAAAAA